AUGCCACGUAAGGAAACAAAAAAGCGGAAGCGCGCUUCCAGCUCGACGAAGGAGAGUGUCUCUAGCACGGAUGAACAGGGAAAGCGUGGUGGUGCCUUGUCUAAGUUUAAAGAGUUUGACGUGUCGGAAUUGCUUCAAAAGCCACAGGAGGUGCCGGAGAUCCAACCAGUGGUGGAAGAACAACCUUGUAGCCCCUGUGAUGAAGUCGUUGCAGAUCCACCACCCCUAACUGCGACGGAUACCGUGGAGGCGACUUCCGAGGAGCCAGCAGCGCCUAUCCCGCAACUCAUCCCACCGGAGCCUCUGAAAGAUCUCCCGCCGGAUGAGGAGUUUGUUCCGUUACCCACAAUUCAGGUCGUUCCAAUGAUGAACCGUGCCCUGGAGGCGCAGAGCGGUUUGCUAAAGGAGCCCGCACCACCAGCGUCCAUUCAGCGUGUCACGCAACCUGGGGCGUUGCCACCAGCGAUGCCUACCGCGUUAAUGGAGCUCCUUAGCGGGUGA